AUGGCGGUGGAGCUCAUGACUAGAAACUACAUCUCCGGCGUCGGGGCCGAUAGUUUCGCCGUUCAAGAAGCAGCAGCUUCAGGACUCAAAAGUAUUGAGAACUUCAUCGGUUUAAUGUCUCGUGAAAGCCUUAACUCCGAUCAACCAUCAUCUUCUUCUUCAGCCGCCGCUGCUGAUCUGGAAACAGCUCGGAACACGACGGCGGACGCGGCUGUUUCGAAGUUUAGGAGAGUCAUAUCUCUCUUAGAUCGGACUCGAACCGGACACGCCCGGUUUAGACGCGGUCCGGUUAAUUCUCCAGUAAUUCAUCAGGAAACUAAACCGACGCCGUUUCAAGCUCCGCCGCAGAUCCGUAAAGCUCCUUUCUCGUCAUCGUUCAAAACGAUCGAUUUCUCUUCUCUCUCCUCCGUGACGACGGAAUCAGAGCAGACGAAACGUCAUCAUCACCGUCCUUCUGAGACGGCGCCGUUUGGGACUCAAAGUCUCUCCACGACGGUUUCUUCUUUCUCCAAAUCAGCAAAGAGGAAAUGUAAUUCGGAGAAUCUCGUUGCCGGAAAAUGCGCCUCUGCUUCCUCCGGUCGUUGUCAUUGCUCUAAGAAAAGAAAGAUAAAACAGAAGAGAGUAGUUAGGGUUCCGGCGAUCAGUGCUAAAAUGUCCGACGUUCCUCCAGACGAUUACUCAUGGAGAAAAUACGGACAAAAGCCAAUCAAAGGAUCUCCACAUCCAAGAGGAUAUUACAAGUGUAGUAGCGUAAGAGGAUGUCCAGCUCGUAAACACGUGGAGAGAGCAGCGGAUGAUUCGUCGAUGCUAAUCGUUACUUACGAAGGAGACCAUAAUCAUACUCUCUCCGCCGCUGAUCUCGCCGGCGCCGCCGUAGCUGAUCUCAUUUUGGAAUCGUCUUGA